UAUAAAGGCCGAAUUGGCGGUUUGAACUGUUGCUGCUUAUACUAUAGGUUCCUUUCUGGUGACACUCAUUCUUCGCGCGCCAUAGUUCGUGCUGCGUCAUCUGUUUGACAGGCUCAAGAGCAUUUUCAACGUUACCGAAGCUCGUGGGCAGCCACAUCGAUCUAGAAGUUGGCAUCACUCGAAGGAUCAGUUUUCGUAGAACUAGUCAGAAAGGAUGGGAGGCGCUAAAAUGAACGACCCCUUCACUCCUGAAUUCGCCGAGUUCGCGGCAGGGACCAUGGAGGAAUGGAAGCUUCCUGGAAUGUCUAUAGCAGUGGUCGAUGGAGAUGACGUAUUCUCUCAAUCCUUCGGCUACGCGACGUUGCCAGACAUCACCGCUACCCCAGAAACUCUUUGGUAUGGAGGAUCUACAACUAAAGCAUUUGUCACCGCAGCUUUGGCCCAUCUGAUCGAAAGCAAAGCAUACCCUGCCCUGUCCGAUGGCUGGCAGACUAAAGUUUCGAGAAUCAUUCGCGAGGACUUUGUCACUCAAGAUGACUGGGCAACGAACAAUAUCACGCUUGAGGACCUGGCAAGUCAUCGCUCAGGCCUCAGCAACAACGAUGCAGGUAUUCGCCUGCAUGAGGACGGAAGAAAAUGGACGAUCAGAGAUAUUGCACGCAACCUUCGUAACUUUCCUCUGGAAUCUCAACCACGAACAAACUUCUCUUACAACAAUGAGGCUUAUGCUACCCUCUCUCUUGUAAUCGAAACAGUCACUGGUAAAUGGCUGCGGGACGUGUUGAGAGAAACUAUUUGGGAGCCUCUUGGUAUGAACUCCACCUACCUUGACCUGAAGGAAGCCAAAGACGCGCCUGAGCACUUGUCAACAGGCUACUAUUGGGAUCCGGCAGAGAAGUGUCACAAGUCCAUUGAACAACUACCUACAGAUAUUCUCAGUGGCGCAGGGGCUAUAAUUUCCAACGUCCUUGACUACACCAAGUGGAUCAAAUGCCUGCUUCGUCAAGAGGCUCCGUUGUCGAAACUGGUGCACAAGGAUAUACGCAGACCUCGCAUUGUUGAAAACCCAGACCCUGCACAUGGAACAGACAUUUCUCUUUAUGGCCUCUCUUGGUGGAGGACUUCAAUCGAUGGGCAUGUUGUCUACUGGCACUCUGGAUCGACAACAGCACAUGGUGCCUUGAUCUACUGGCUGCCAGAAGAAGACUAUGGAGUUGUUGUCCUUGCGAAUCACCCUUCUCCAGUAAGAGAGAUUAUUGUGAGACAGCUUGUCAACGACAGACUCAAAGUCCCGUUGGAAAGGCGUUACGACAUCGCCCAAGAUGCUCGAGAUGCGGAUCGACGGAGAAAGCAGGAGGCUGAUAAUGCAGUAUCGACUCUUUUCCCAAAUGCACCAUCUUCACCUCGACAGCCCUCAGUUGAUGUUGAGAAACUUGCAGGCAAAUACUAUCAUCCAGGUUACGGCGUCUUCGAGUUCACUGCUGCUUCAACCACAGGGAAUUUAAGGAUAAAGGAUCUUGUUGCUGACCGUAUAGAUGUGCUCUGGAGAAGUCGCAUAGUCCUCUGCCAUGUUUCAGGGGACUUUUGGGUAUUAUAUAGUUCGCUUCUGGAUACUCCAGGGAUACCUGAAAUGUUUCUUGCCGCGGAGUUUAAGUUUGGGGUUAACCUUGAGAAAUAG